GAAUUAUAACGAACCUCUUCUGAAGGAAGGACCUUUGUCAGGGUUUGAGAAAGUAUACACUUGGACUUUUUCCUUGUUUUCUAAUGUUACAACCACAAACUUCAGAAUGGGAUUUUUUUGUGAUAGACAAAUAUUUUUUUUUCCAUCUUUCUACAGAUGUUUUGAGCACGUCCUCUACCUUUUUUGAGGCUGAAACAGCCUCUUUGCAAUCACCCUAAUCUUUAGGUUCUUGCGAAGUUUUAAGUCGGACAACUUCAAAACGUUUAGCGCUUCCAGUGUUAGCAGGGUGUCUGCACAUUCUUAAAAAGCCUUACUUUUUUAAAAUUUGAAAUUAGAGUCAUAAAAUGUCCUAUAUUCAUAAUUAAAAGUUGACAUUAAAUACGUUAAUUACAGGUCUUUUUUGGCACCAUUGGGAUCGAUUUGACAGUGAAAAUGGGUUUUAAGAGGACACGGGCCGCGCGGCAUCCUGCGGGUCUUGAAUUUUGUGUGGCAGGGCAAAAUAUUUAAUUAUUUAAUCUCUUAUAUUUACUUUUUAGCUACUUCUUGCUAGCUGCUAAUAUAUCCUCGCUAGUUAGCUCUCACUCGCUGUGACCUGCCGAUACUGCGUGUUGGUCUUAACGACGGCUUCAUCCGGUAAAUAUACUCCACCUGUUUUUGAGGCUUCUUAUUGUGAAAUACAGAUGAACCCCAGCAAAGGAAAGCGCAGCGGGAAGACUUUUCUGUUCACGUCCGAGUCUGUGGGGGAAGGACACUCCGAUAAAAUGUGCGAUCAGAUCAGCGACGCCGUCCUGGAUGCUUACCUGAGUCAGGACCCGGACUCUAAGGUGGCCUGUGAGUGUGUGGCAAAGACUGGCAUGAUUUUACUGGUUGGAGAAGUGACAUCUAAAGCCAUCGUGGAUCUCCAGUCCGUCGUCCGAGACACCAUCAAGAAGAUCGGCUAUGACGACUCGUCAAAAGGUUUCGACUACAAGACCUGCAACGUGCUGGUGGCCCUGGAGCCGCAGGCCGCAGAGAUAUCAGACUGUGUUUUUGAAGGAAGAGAUCAGGAGGACAUCGGGGCUGGGGACCAGGGCCUGAUGUUUGGCUACGCCACUGACGAGACAGAGGAGUGCAUGCCUCUAACCCUCCUACUGGCUCACAAACUCAACCACAGGAUGAGGGAGCUUUCGCUUAACGGAGAGUGUCCUUGGAUACUACCAGACUCCAAGUCACAGGUUACGGUGGAGUACCGAGACAGCGAGGGCGCCCUGGAGCCGCUUCGCGUCCACACCGUGGUCAUCUCCGUGCAGCACAGCCCCGACAUCACCCUGCAGGAGAUCAGGCACAACUUGAUGGAGAAGGUGGUGAAAGUUGUCGUUCCUGUCAAGUAUCUGGACGAGAAAACCAUCUACCACCUGCUGCCGAGUGGCAAGUUUCUAAUGGGAGGCCCACAGGGUGACGCAGGACUCACGGGACGUAAAAUCAUCGUGGACACCUAUGGAGGUUGGGGCGGCCACGGAGGUGGAGCUUUUUCCGGGAAGGACUACUCCAAAGUGGAUCGGUCAGGAGCCUAUGCAGCCCGUUGGGUCGCCAAGUCUCUGGUCAAAGCGGGGCUGUGCAAGAGGGCCCUUGUUCAGAUCUCGUACGCCAUCGGCGUGAGUCACCCGCUCUCCAUCACCGUGUUCCACUACGGCACGUCGGACAGGGACGAAGACGAGCUGCUGCAGAUAGUGAAGAAGAACUUUGACCUCCGACCUGGAGUCAUUGUGAGAGAGCUGGGACUAAAGCGGCCGAUUUACCAGGCCACGGCCUGCUACGGUCACUUUGGAAGAGAAGAGUUUCCAUGGGAACAACCAAAGAAACUUGUGUUUUAACUCAAGAUAUUAACAGAUAUGCCCAAGAUCAUUAGCAAAAUACGUUUAAGUGUUGAUUUAUUUCUUUGUUCACUAAUGAAAUCACAGAUGAAGAUUUAUGUAAACCGUUUAAUGUACAGUCGUAGACACACUAUGAAGGUCUGUAUGUCUAGCAUAUUCUUAAAAUGUCUUAAAUUCACGUGUCUAAAAUCAAGGUCGAGAGAGGUCUUAAAUUAAUUUUAAAAAAUGUAAGUAGGUCUUAAAUUUGUUAAUCAUAGGUCUUAAAUUUGUAUUCUAUGUAGUUUAGCUUUUCUGUCAGGCAAACAUUUGCGUCACACGCAGACAUCGUCAUUUCAUUCUGUGACUUAGCAGAACAAUUAGCGUUCUGCUAAUAGUUAGCGUUAGCUAAAAUAGGAAAUGGUAAUGAACUCAUUUGACAUCCUGUAAAUGGAUUUAAUGAUGAGAUUUUUUCUUCUUUUCUAUUUUUUUGAACUUUGAAUAGAUUUUAUUGUGACCUGAUUCUUGUUUGAAACUUCACCACAACCUUCUCCCUGACCCGUCCGCCGUCCUCCUUGAGCUCCAUGUUCUCCCGUUUUUUUCUAAUAAACCUCUGAAGCCGUCA